AGGUUAAACGCCAUCUACCGUUCGACUCACGUUUAGGGAUUUCCCGAACAUUCGUCAUUUUUCGGAAUUGAAGCUGGAACACAGAUUGGAAAAAUGGUUGAUUACAGCAAGUGGGAUCACAUUGAUGUGUCGGAUGAUGAGGAUGACACUCAUCCUAACAUCGACACGCCCAGCCUGUUCAGAUGGCGGCACCAGGCAAGAGUAGAACGAGAGGAGGAGCAGAAGAAGGAGAGGAAAGACGUGGAGAAGGGUACAGAGAAGGUUCAGAAUGCUCUUGAGGACACCAGGCAUCUGCUUGAGGAUCUUUCAACAAAAGGAGACAAGGAAGGAGCUAAAAAGGCUGGAGCCAAACUGAAACAACUUGAGGAGGAGGAGAAGAAAUGGAGAGAGAAGGAAGCUGAAAUCGAAAAGAAGGAAAAGCAAACCCCAUGGAACGUUGACACCCUAAGCAAGCCAGGCUUUGAGAAGACAAUAAUCAACUCGUAUGAGAAGACAGAGGAAGAGAUGACAGAGGAGGAGAAGGAAGAUAAAAUGGACAAAUUUGUUAAGAAGAACGAGAAGCUGAUCAAACAGUUUGGCAUGUACAAGAAAUAUCCCGAUGCUCAGCAAUUCCUGGUUGACCAUCCCAACCUGGUCUGUGAAGAGACGGCAAACUACCUUGCUAUCUGGUGCAUCAACUUAGAAGUAGAAGAGAAACACGGCUUGAUGGAGCAGGUAGCCCACCAGACCAUUAUCAUGCAAUAUCUGCUGGAGUUGGCCAAGAGUCUUGAUCGCGAUCCAAGAUCAUGCGUCAGGCCUUUCUUUACAAAAAUGGAGAAGGCUGAGAAGCAGUACCAGGAUGCCUUUGAUGAUGAGCUGAAUUCCUUCAAGGAGAGGGUGAGAGGGAGAGCAAAGGUCAGGAUAGACAAGGCUUACAGAGAAGCAGAAGAGGAAAUGGAGGCGGAGAGGCUAGCGAGAAUAGGACCAGGAGGGUUGGAUCCAGCAGACGUGUUUGAGACAUUGCCAAAAGAGCUGCAGGAUUGCUUCGAGUCCAAGAGCGUCGGCCAGCUCCAAGCAUGCAUUGCCAACAUGAAACCCGAGGAUGCCACCUACCACAUGAAGCGGUGCGUCGACUCGGGUCUCUGGGUGCCCGGGGGCGGGGAGGACAAAGAGGGAGACGAGGAUGGGGCGUCGGCAGGGGCGGCGGCAGAGGAGGAAGAGGAGGAGGUUUAUGAGGAGAUCGACAAGCAAACAUCAACAAAUCUUGAUGACGUGGAUUAAUUGAUUAAAGUAAAGCAGCUGUUGGGGAAUUAUGAACUCUCAAACUGAAAGACAAGCAAUGGAGAGUGAACAGAGAAAUGUAGGACUGACUGUUAAACCCUGUUGGUUACCCGGUACUGUAUCAACCGUUGUCAUUGCCUGUAUUUGAGAUACUGAAAGCAGAAGAUGUGUAGAAACCAUCCUCCUGUUCAUGUGGUUCUAAGACCUUGUAUUAUGAACAGCUUCAAUUGAUUCAAAU